GUUCGACCCUUUUUUUGGCUUCAGCUAUCAGUAGCGCUUCUUCCUACAACAAUAAACCACAGCCGACUUGUCAACACCACUUCUCUUUCCUUUUCAUCGAUAUAAGCUUUUUAUAAUAAUCUGAUUUCCUUUUUAAUACUGAACUAUAUUAUACGUCUUUAUUUUUUUCUCUUUAGAAACGGGAAGUAACAAAAAUAUUGAUAACUUCUCUUUGGAAUUCUACCGAGAACCAAUUCGCAACAACCAACCCUUUUUACAGAAUAGCCAAGUCUGCUUUCCUAGCAGACAAAGCCCCCUAGCGCCAUGAGUGUAAGAAAAUCACCCCUUGAAUGUUUCAACUUUCCACUACACCGAUUCGAAUGAUUCGAACUCUUGACUUUGCAUUUCGCAUCCUUCUCAACUUUCAAUCUUUCCUCAUCAUCGUUUUCUUUUAUUUGGCUUUGUACUACUGGUAGUAUAGACUAAACGCUAACAUUAUGGCACAGUACGGAUAUGGUGGACAGCAAAACCCAUUCGACGAUCGCAACGACGUUAGCAAUGGCUACGGUGGUUAUGGUUCCAACGUCGAGAUGGCGCCGCUUACCGGGGGAUUAAAUGGAGGAUUUGGAGGCGGCAACCCGAAUUCUAUCCUAAACGAGGUGUCGGAAAUCAACCGCGGGAUCGAUGAGAUUGACCGAAACCUUGACCAGCUGAAGAUGCUUCAACAACGAGCGCUCGACGAUUCCGAUGCUUCCGCUUCGAGCAAUACCAACCGUCAACUCGACGCUCUUAGUUCCGAGACCAUGGCCCACUACAGAUCGUUGACGGACAGGGUACGACAAUUGAAGAGCAAUCCCGAGAGCCAGCAAAAGUUCGGUCAACAGGUUCGCCGUGUCGACAGCAGAUUAAAGGAUGCUAUUCGGGCUUACCAGGGUGUCGAAUCAUCUUUCCGCAAGAAGACGCAAGAUCAGAUGGCGCGACAAUACCGUAUCGUCCGGCCCGAUGCUGAUGAGGCCGAAGUGCGAGCUGCCGUUGAGGACCAAACUGGCGGUCAGGUUUUCCAACAGGCAUUGAUGCAGAGUAACCGUCGUGGUCAAGCCCAAUCCGUACUAAGCGCCGUCCAAGACAGACAUGCUCAACUCAAGAAGAUCGAGCAACAGAUGAUCGAACUCGCACAACUCUUCCAGGAUAUGGAUACGCUUAUUGUCCAACAAGAAGUUGCUAUUGCCAACAUCGAGCAAAAGGGCGAGGAGGUUGUUGAGAAUCUCGACAAGGGUAAUCAAGAGGUGGGCACAGCUGUCAACACUGCCAGGGCGACACGAAAGAAGAAGUGGAUCUGCUUGGGUAUUGUUGUUGCGAUCAUCCUUAUUGUUGUCCUCGUUGUCGUUAUAUACGUCGUCACACACCCGAGCAAUGGUGGUUCCAAGAAGCGAAGCCUUCUACAACCUGAUGCCCGUUCGUGGUUUGAGACCGCCCCUGUUCCUAGUUUGUUCGCCGAAAGAGCCCACCCGAGAGCGAAGCGAUUGGUCGAAUGGCAACCAAGUCAGUGAAUCAACCACAUAUACUAGUCAAGUUAUAAAGAGGAGGUCAUUAGGGGUUCGACCUCAGCCCGUGGGAUCAAAUCCUAUCGAUAAUAUAUACCUAUAAACGAAAGGGAGGCCAGCAUAAAGGCCUACUGCACGACCCACGAACCUAGACACGCUAUUUCCUUCGUGUUCGCUUCGUAUAUCCCAACCCAUCGCCAUUAUACAUAUUUAACUCCGAAUGUUUUUACGUGGUAAUUUGAAGCCUCACCGCUCAAGUCACUGUUUGGGAUCCGGACUGGAUGUUGGAUUCGCAUGAGUAGAUUUGAAGAGGUUGGCUAUCUUACCUGAUUGUUGUCACAGAAGAGAGGAGGGUGGAUUGUCUCUGGUAGCAUUCUGGUUACCUUGUCCCAGGAGAAAAUAUUCCUUUUUGUACUUUGUGUGUAUCCCAUUCGUCGGCAGGUUUGGAGAAGGGGAGUCGAUUUGCAUUGUCUGGCGUUCGGACCUGCUACGCUACGCAGAAGUUUUAUUAAGUACUAUUUCAUUAGUGACUUUCUUGAUCCACCCUAUCCAUAAAAAUUGUGAUUUAAUAUCUAUGUGACUGUUUAAUAUUGGGAAUAAGAGAAUGGAUAUAACAUUAAAAACACACUUGAGUAUUAGUAAUUUACUCAUUCACCUCCUUUUCAAUAGUGAUUAAGCUUUGAUCUAAGUGGUAAAGGGGUCGAGGUCGGUAUC